GCAUCCGGCUCUUCGGGGUUCGGUACACCAAAUAACGCAAACGGAGGGUCAAAUGUCAAAGACGGAGCAGAAUUGCAGGAAAUCCAGACGAACGAGUUAGGUUUCGCUGCUCUUAAUGGCGAAGCCAAGCUCCGGCUACUGCCUACGCCAUGGCCGUCCGAUGCACUUCCUCCGCCAACCUCGUCGCUUCUCAGCAUCGCUUCAACAAAAGGACUUCUAGCGGCCGCCGGUCCUGACGCUUUGUACAUCACGUCUACCGAGAAAGUCAGAACAGCAUUCCAGUCUCCAGACCCGGCAAAGGACGAGAAAACAAGACCGUAUACAGCGGAGAUCAAGAUACCGCAGGCUCGUCUGUCGCAGGUUGUCUUCUCAGCAGAUGACAGUGUCCUAGUAGUCUCUGGCGAACAAGAUGGAGGAGUGGCAGCUUUUCAGGUUGACAGUCUCAUCAAGGGUCGACUGGACCCUGCCGUGCAAAUACCCACGAAUGGCCAGAGCCUGCGCGCUCUUGUCCCGAAUCCGGUCCCUGAAUCCGCUGAACUCUUUGCGCUCAUUACCACAACCGGCAAUCUGAUGCUGCUCGAUCUGAAGGCCGGGUCAAUGAGGUCAGGGAGCAAUGGUGUCGUUCUGAAAGACGGCGCGAGUUGCUUGUCAUGGAGCAACAGAGGUAAACAACUGGUCGUCGGGUUGGCAGACGGCACAGCAGUGCAAAUGAAACCUGAUGGGACAGUAGUGGCACAGAUUCCGAAGUCCACGUCUAUUCCACCAGCUGUACAUGUCUCCGGAAUCUCGUGGCUUGAGAACGACACAUUCUUGGUGAUCUACACACCCAAUGACACCAGUGAUGGUAUUCAACCGUCAGAUUACUAUAUCGUCAACCGAGAACCGAAAACCACAAAUUAUACCUUUCAGAAACUGCCCGAGGUACUGGCCCCCUUCGGUGUCGAACGACUGCCAUCUACACAUUUCAUUUCCAGGCUGAGGAGUUUCCCACCCCAACUGCAAGAUCUCCUCAUAGUCACAGCCACAACAGCUACCGAUGUCGGUCUGCUUUCAAAAUCGGACAAACCACUAUCGCAGGAGGAUCCGAUCACAUCGGCUUUUACCUUCACGACGAUAGAGGACGAUACGCGUCGUGCCCAACUACCGUUGACCCCGGAUAUGCAAGAUACCUCGCCCAUAGGUAUGGCUGUGGAUUUAUCCAGCACGGAGAAAGUUCCAAAUCCCAUUCCGUCCGAGGCGGAGAUCCUCGAGACAGCAGGCCCUGUGCCUAGCUUGGUGGUAUUGAACAACGAAGGGAUACUGGUAGGAUGGUGGAUCAUUUACAACGAUUCAGUCCGUCAAGGGACCACUUUCCCUGGCCUCGCAGCUACACAAGCUGCUAGAGGAUCCACCACCACAAUCGAGCCUUCUUCCUCUACCACUACUCCAGCACAACCUAGCAACCCCUUUCUCAAGUCCUCAACGCCAACUUUUGGUAAUGCGUCUGCGCCGACUGGCUUCGGCGUGCCAAAUGCUAAGCCAUUUGGUACUUCAUCACCAAUUGCGGCCGACAAACCUUCAUGGGCUUCUACUGGAUUUGGUGUUGGUAGUAGUGCUGCAUCGAGUGGCCCGGCCUUCGGAAAGCCAUCUUUUGGCGCAGCGACACCCAUUGGGGCAAAGCCAACCCCAACGUUUGGAUCAGCUAAUGCUCUUGGAAGUCGGAUACCGACUUUAAGUCAGCCUUCGAGCAUGAGCGGCACCACGACGUUUGGUCAGCCAAGUCCAGCUGGCGUUGGCUCAUCUGCCAGUCCAUUCGCCCGUUCUGGUGACGCAUCCAACGCUUCAGGUUUUGCGUCGUUCUCCAAAGCGGGCGGCUUCUCUUCCUUUGCUAGUGGCAAUGCGGACAAGAAAACUCAGAGUCCAUUUGGUUCGGCAGGUGGAAAGAGUCUGUUUGGUGAACAACCGAAGAGCACUUUUGGCGCAGACAAGCCUACUGCAUCACCAUUUGCAGCGAGCAAGCCUGCUGAUGGCCAAAGUACCUUCGGUAACGCUGGCGCUUUCAAAGUGCAAUCAUCAUUUCACGGUGAUGAAAGUGCCAAAGACGAUCUUCCAAAGCCCAAAGAGUCGAGCGGGUUUGGUUUCGGCACCUCUCUCGGCGACAUCCUGAACAAACCCAAAGGCGCAUUGUCGCCUACACAUGAUAAGGAAGCUGACAUGGACGACGACAGCCCCCUCAGCGAACCUGACUCAGAAAAAGAGGAGACCCCGGCCAGACCUUCGCAAAGCUCCUUUCAACCUCCACAGAGUUUAGUUACACCUCCUGCCACCCUCUCUCAGCCGAAGACUACACCUGCGCCGCCUGUCUCAAGUCUUUUCGGCCAAACUCCUCAAGACACUAAAACUCCACAGCCUCAGGCGACGACCCCAGCAUGGUCCUUUGGGGCCAGGCCGUCUACAACACCAAAAGAGACACCAGCGCCCGCGCACGCGCCCAUCUUCGGUACUAAAAGUGCUACGGAUGAGACACCCGCUGCAGUUCAGAAGAGCGUGCCAUUUAAGCCAUUUGCUAACGUGCAGGAAGCGCCAAAGAUUAAAGAAGAACUGCCAAGUGAUGAAGAAUCGGUCGAUCUGAAAAACAUACCGGAGGCACCUCUCCCGCCCGAUCCUGAGAGCAAACCACGGUUUGCGUCCGGGGAUGCUUCCGGGUCUUCACAUGGCUCCAAAAGCUCGCCAGAAGAUGCCCCAUUACCGCCGGCCUUCCUUCCUGUUCCGAAAGCCGGCCACGACGAAGAUGAGCAGCAGGAGUUGCCGAGUGAUGAAGAGGAUGAAGAGGAUGAAGAAGAAGAUGACUUCAGUUCCGAUUUUGAAGGAAGUGCUGAAGAUGUCACAGGCGAGCUUAGUCCCGAGGACGAAGCAACGGCCGAGCAACACGACCAAGUUCAGACCUCUCCUGAAAGUUCGUUCAAACCUGACGGCAGAAGUCCUGAAACGAGCCCCACUGGAGGUUUGUUCACCAAGGACACUUCGAAAGGGAUUCCCCAGAAAUCUGCUCGACCGCUAUUUGGUGAGGUCGGUACUGCACCGGUCUUUGCUCCACCCAAACCGCAACAAAGUCCUCGCUCCCCGAGCCCAGUAAGGCAUCUCUUGACAACAGAGGGGCUGAGGGUCGAUCCAUCCAGAUCUGUCAGCGCACCAGCUCACCACAGCUCUAUCGUGGACCAGAGAAAAGCCGAGUAUCAAAAAUCCGCGCUUGCUGCUCAAGCUGCGAAGACGAAGGAAGGGGAAGCAGUGAAAGAAAAGGCUCGACGCGAAGAGAUUGCCCGCCAAAAGGCACAAGAGGAAGCUGAGCAGCUCCAGGCUCUUGAAGACGAUGAAGACGAGAGACUACGACAGGAGCUUGAGCGACCGAUCUCACCAACACAGGAUCUGGAUGACUUCAUUACGUACCAGCCGAAACCGCAAGACGAAACCACGAAGACCGGAAUUCCGGCACAAAUUGAGAGACUCUACUCGGACGUCAACUCGAUGGUUUACACUUUAGGCAUCAAUUGCCGCUCCUUGUCAGCCUUUUUGCAAUACCAACAACCUGAAGCUACCAAUAAGUCUUGGCCGUCAGUCUUGGAGUCCGAAACACCUAUGGAUGCUCUGAACGAUGAGUGGCUCUUGACCGAUAUCUCACGACUUCACGAGGGACAGGCGGCGCUCUCCAAGCUCCUCGCCGAAAGCCAGGUUGACGAUUUUGGUGGAAAAGUCCAACAGUGUCAAGCGCUCAUUGGCCGCGACUUGUUUGAGCUGAGGACGAAGCUCACAUCGAUACGCAAGACCGUACAUGCUCUAUCCGCCUCCGACAGUGCCAUUAGUGCGCCGCUAUCUGCGGAACAGUCCUCUAUCCAGCACGAUCUCCGCAAGUCUUUCACUUCGGUCCAAACCAAGCUUGUCCAGGUCGAAGAUUGUAUUUCCAUACUCCGAGCCAAGGUGGCUCAAUCUGCGCCAACAGAAACAGGCAACAGACGUGAUAGUAUGAUUGGGAGAACACCGUCACAGAAAAAGCCGACUGUUGAAGCUGUAACGAAGACGGUGGGGAAAAUGAUGUCAAUGGCAGAGCAAAAGAGUGCAGAUGUUGAUCUUCUUGAGGCUCACCUGAAGCGAUUGGACCUGUCCCUAGCAUCUUCCAGUAACGGCAAUGGCGAUGUGGUGAACAACUCGAUCACCGUGACAACACCACUGCGGCUCAGACGCUCAGUCGGUGGUAGCAGUCCAUCGAGCAUCUACCAUACUCCAGAUUCCAAGUUCGGCGGCAGCACUCGCUCUAAUAAGAGCUUCAGGAUAAGCCAGAAUGGGGGACUCGCUUUGAUAUCAGCAGAGGACAAGGAGCGAUGGCAGGCUCAAGCACACCGUCGCAAAGAGGCUGCAGACGUGUUGAAGAGUGUUCUUGAGCAAAAGCGGAGAAAAACAGCGGCUAAGCGAUGAGACCGCUUUGUAUGAGAUUGGCAACCCACUUUUGAGUUAUGAAGCCAGGUCUUUGGAAAAGACCUCUCAAAAGAAGUCGGUCCUUUGUGUUACCUAGCGUUAUCGAUGUAUGAGAUAGCAGAAACCGAAUGACUGAGGCGCCGUGUGGAAGCACCAAAUUAAUUGUAGAUGAUCGAUUAGUA